GUUAUAAAUAGGAAUCGAAGUUUGUUUAUAGUACAAGUGCUUUUUGAGGUUAAAUUUCACUUAAUUGUCGUAUACUUUAUUAUACAAUGUUCUGUAAACUGCUUCUUAUAAUACUUUCCGUAUUGUCCGCUACGAAUUUAAAAUGUAUCAACGGUCCGUUUUCGAUUAAAAAAUACGAUCAGGCGGAUAUGCUUCAAGAAGAUGAAGAUAGAAGGGAAAUUUUUAGAGAUAUAAAAACAAUUUUCGCACCCGAAUACAGAGUAUAUACGAAUGAUUCGAUUUGUAGCACAGUAACGAAAAAGAAACGAGCAAACGACUAUUGCCGAGAUGAUAUAUAUAAAGAGUACGAUCCUAGAAGGGAUUUUUUUUCGAAAAGUUCAGGGAAAGGUUUCUACGAAAACAAUAUUUUAUAUAGGAAAUAUUUCGAGGAAACGCAACCAAAAAAUUAUAAAACUAACAAUUCUACCGGUACUUUUUUGCAUAAUGAAAGUACCAAUAAUAAACGUGAUUUUCGACAGAAAGUACUCAAUAAAUUGCAGGUAGACAAAAAUUUUUUCGAAACGAAAAAUAUGAAUAAAAAUAUAAACGACAAGAAAACUAAUAAAGAAAAAAUGUCAACUAAUGAGAUAUGGCCUAUAUGGCAUUCAUCUCUUAGCACAAAACAAAUUAGAAACUUACAAAGUGAAAUAAUGAGAAAAUUUAUGAAUACUAAUAUUGACCCUUGUAUCGAUUUUUACGAGUACGCGUGUGGAAAUUGGAAAACUCAUUACAGCAUACCACCAGAUCGAGCUACAUAUGAUAUAUUCGAAAUGGUGAGAGAAAAUCUUGAUAAAACCCUACAUGCUUUAUUAACAGAAAAGGAAGAAAAAUCACCAACUGCCACAUCAUUAUAUUUCCAAACAAAAAGUUUCAUAGACAAAGACUUUCUGCCACAUAAAUUAUCUAGCGCAGUGGUGAAGGCGAGAUUAUUCUACCAAUCUUGCAUUAACGAAAAAGUCUUGGAACAAAGGGGGGAUAAACCUUUGAAAGAUCUUUUAGCGGAAUUAGGUCGUUGGCCUAUUUUGGAAAAGAAAUGGAAGAAACCAGAUUUCGAUAUAAUAUGGUUAUUGGCAACUUUGAGAUUGUUGAAUAAUGAUAUAUUGAUAGCUCAAUGGGUUGGACCUGAUAUGAAGAAUUCUAAAGAGUAUAUUGUGCAUAUUGAUCAAACUACUUUAGGUUUGCCUGCGAGGGAAUAUUACUUAGAAGAAUCCAACAUAAAAUACAUCCAAGCAUACAGAAUAUUCAUUCUUACGGUGGCCCAAUUGAUGGGAGCAUCGCCUAAAACGGCAGAACAAGACGUAGACGAAAUAAUAAAAUUCGAAAUGGCACUCGCUACAAUAAUGGCAUCUUCCGAAGAACGAAGAAACAUAUCUGAGAUAUAUUUAAGAACCGAUAUAGCGUCUUUGACAUUAUACUUUCCGCAAUUUGACUGGAAGAAAUAUUUCGAUAUCGUUCUGGGUACGAACAUUAAUUUGAAGACGCCGGUGGCGUGUUACUGUACAAAAUUCCUGAUUGAAUUGACGUAUUUGAUGAGUAAUACCGAAUCUAGGGUUUUGCAAAAUUACGUUCUAUGGAGAUUCGUCAGACAUAGGACUAAUAAUUUGGAUAACAGAUUUUUGGAAGCCAAGCAAAGAUUUUAUUACAUCUUGUUUGGUAGAGAAAAAAGCCCACCGAGAUGGCAGUUUUGUGUUACGCAGGUAAAUUCCAACAUGGGAAUGGCACUGGGAUCACUGUUUGUGAAAAAAUAUUUUGAUAAGAGCAGCAAAACAGACACAAUUAAAAUGACCAAACAAUUACAAGACGCGUUCAAAAUAACCCUACAGGAAAACACUUGGUUAGACAAUAACACCAAAGAUUAUGCCAACAUGAAAUUGGACUACAUGGAUUUGAAAAUCGGUUUUCCUGAUUUUAUAUUAAACGAAACUUUGCUUGAUAUGAGAUACCACGACGUUGAAGUUCACGAAAAGUAUUUUUUCGAAAACGUUUUGACAUUUUUGAGACACCUUACACAAAUUGAACAAAAAAGAAUGGGGGCGGCUGUAAAUAGGACGCUUUGGAGUACCCCACCUGCUGUCGUGAACGCUUAUUACAGCAGAAAUAAAAAUCAAAUUAUGUUUCCGGCAGGAAUGUUACAACCACCAUUUUAUAAUCGCCAUUUUCCAAAGGCACUUAAUUUUGGUGGUAUUGGGGUAGUAAUAGGACACGAGAUCACACACGGGUUCGAUGAUAAAGGUAGACUAUUCGAUCACGAAGGAAAUCUUCACAUGUGGUGGAGACAAUCUUCCAUUGAGAAAUUUUAUGAAAGAUCCCAAUGUAUGAUUGAACAAUAUGGACAAUAUGUUUUGCCGGAUAUACAUAUAGCUUUAGAUGGAUUUAUAACGCAAGGUGAAAACAUAGCCGAUAACGGUGGACUAAAACAAGCUUUUAGAGCGUACGAAACUUGGUUAGAACGUCACCCAGAUGCGGACGAAACAUUACCUAACCUCAAUAUAACCGGUAGACAAUUAUUUUUUUUAAAUUUCGCGCAAGUUUGGUGCGGACAACAACGCGUCGAAGCGGCCAAAAGUCGAAUCAAAACAUCCGUUCACGCUCCCGGUAUUUUUAGAGUUAUCGGAGUUUUGAGCAACUCCCGGGAAUUUUCUCGAGUAUAUAAUUGCCCGAAAAAUAGUCCUAUGAAUCCUGAUUACAAAUGUAUAAUAUGGUAGGUGAAUAAUUAAAUGUUUUAUCAAUGCGUUUUGAUGUAAUAUAAAUUUUGGAAAAAA